GAGCAACAGCCGCGGCCCCGCGGAGCGCCUGUAGCCGCCGCCGGGCCGCAGGCUGGCGACCCGGAGCGCGCUGGCGGCGGCGGCCGAGGAGAAAGAGGAGGAGGAGGAGGCGGCAGGCGGGAGCCAGCAGCCCGCCGCGCCGCCGCCCCACAAGAGGAUGAAGAAGCGGAAGGAGCUGAACGCCCUCAUCGGCCUGGCCGCCGACGGCCGCAGGAAGAAGCCCGCCAAGAAGGGCUCGGGCCACCGGCUGCUGCGCACCGAGCCGCCCGCCUCCGACUCCGAGUCCAGCUCCGACGAGGACGAGUUCGCGGGGGCGCGGGGCCGCUGCGGAAAGGGAGACUACCUGCGGUGCUGCAGGUUCUGUUACCCUUUGUGUGCGUUCGUCAUUCUUGCUGCUUGUGUGGUCGCGUGUGUUGGCUUAGUCUGGAUGCAGGUAGCUCUCAAGGAGGAUUUGGAUGCAAUAAAGGAGAAGUUUCGAACUAUGGAAUCUAAUCAAAAGACAUCAUUCCAAGAAAUUCCUAAAUUGAAUGAAGAUUUGGUGCAGAACCAAAAGCAGCUAGAACAAAUUGAAACUGGAGAACUGGGGCUGAGUAAAAUUUGGAUAAAUAUCACAGAGAUCAAUAAACAGAUAUCACUAUUGACUUCAACAGUUAAUCAUCUCAAAAACAAUAUAAAAUCUGCUGCUGACCUGAUUUCUCUUCCUCUCACAGUAGAGAAACUUCAGAAGACUGUAGCCAACAUAGGUAGCACCCUUACCAGUGUGGCUCAUGAUGUUGAAAAUAUACAGACAGCUAUUGAGGAAUACAAGAAAUCCAUAGAAACACUCCAGAAUGAUGUGAGGGAAUUAAAACAGCUGCCUUCACUUCCCUCCACUGUUGUGCCAAGGACUGAGGGAAAUCAGACAGAAUACUGCCAAAAGGAAAGCCAGGCACUGCAUGCAGCUUUGGAGCAGCUAAAUAAUACUGUAGUGGUGUACCAAAAGUUCAAUGACAUCAAGCUUCUAAAUGUGGAUUCAGCCAUUGGCAACCUCAGCUGGAAAGUUACACUGUUGGAAAACUCUCCCCUGGUUGUGAAAAAUCUGGACAAAAGAGAGAACUCAUCUACCAUUGUGGGAAAUAAUGCAACUACCUCUCUAAAAGUGGAAAAUGAAGAUCAACUCGACACUAAAAGUCAGUCAAAUAAAGAACUGAAGGAAGCAGGAACUAGAGAUUCUCAGGUAUCAAAACUAAAAGAGACUCUUCAGCUGAUCAGUGCUCUCGCAGGCAAGUCAGAAAAUGACAGACCCAUUGAGGCAUCAAGGAAUGUUGAAAGUAGUCAGAGUACUACAGCAAAGCCCACAGACCUUUCAAGGGUGGCUUCAAGGUCAGCUGGUGACAGCACACAGAGAAACGGGCAGCUGAGCCAUCUGUCCUUACCAGGAAUUUCCAGCAUUGAAGAUCUUCAGAAACUGUUUGAAAAAGCACCUGAGGAUGCUGAUGGAAAGCUCUCUUAUAGAGAUCUUCAAAAGCUGCUUGGCUCCACAGCCCAGGAAUCAGAGAGCUUUAAGGAGUUUGACACAGAUGGAGAUGAGAAAUAUACACUAAAAGAACUGAGAUUAGCAUUAGGUGUAUAGGGUAUAUGUUUAGAAAUGUGAUAUUGGUGGAUGUUACUGUAGCUAAAGGAAGCUACAGGAUAUGAAAAACCACGGCUGCACUUUCCCAGUGUUUUACUGAUCGUUGGAGCUAAAUUACUGUACACAUUGUCACCUCUCUUUUUCAGUUGCAUUUAUUGAAAAGAAAUUUACAAAUUUAUAUGUCGAUAGGACAUAAUAUUGGGACUUUGUUAAAAUCCAGAAAAUUCCCAAACUUGGAAACAUUUUCCUCUCGUUAUUUCCUUUUCAAGGGAGUUACUGAUUAUAAUUUAAAAUGUGUACAUACUAAAAUAAAACUAUGGUUUUAUA